AUGAAAGGGGGUUCAAUUCAAUCUCGCCGGAAAUCCCAAAAGUCGGGUAUGGAGAGGGUAGAGUGUAGGCAGACAUUACCCCUACCUCUGAGGGCUGUUUUCCAAAGUGUAGUUGGUCGUCCUCGUCAUACUGGCAUCAUGGUUGGAAUUGGAGGAAAAGAUGCCUAUAUUGGUGAUGAUGUUCCGUCUGAAAGAGGUAUUUUGUUUCUGAAAUAUCCCAUUGAAUGUGGCAUAGUAAGAAUGGAGAAACUCUGGCAUCACAAAUUUUACAAUGAACUCCGUGUUGCUCCUGAUGAGCAUCCCAUUCUUCUGUUCGACGCACCACUUAACCCCAAGAUAAAUACAGAGAAGAAAAUGACUCAAAUCAUCUUUGAGACACCGAAUGUUCCAGUCAUGUAUGUUGCAAGCCAGGCCAUUCUUUCUCUUUUUGCUAAUGGUCGUACAACUGGUAUUAUUCUUGAUUCUGGUGAUGGUAUGACCCACACUAUCCCAAUCUAUGAGGGACAUGUACUUCCCCAUGCUAUCUCACGGAUAGCUCUUGGUGGUCGUGAUCUUACACAUCUCAUGAAGAUUCUCAUGGAGGGUCCUUACAUAUUUAAUAAUUGCAGAAGUGAUACGCCUCAUCAUAUGAAGGAGACGAUUGCUAAGAAGGCAAAAAAUUGCUCAAAAUUAGUUGACAAUGGCUAUGAGCUUCCUGAUGGAAAAAUGCGGAUACCGAAGGCCGAGUAUGAUGAAUGUGGUCCUGUGUUGGUUCACAGGAUGUGCAUCGUGGUUUGA